CAUUUCUCUUUUUCUGCUGAGUUAAAACAAAUACCGAGUGCGUUCAUAACCGUUGCUCUUUUCAUCCUCCAAAUCUCAAUUCCCCUGUCCCUCAUGUUAAUUCUCAACCGUUUUAUUUUCUUGUGCACAGUAACCGUCGUUGUUGUAGCGGCGCAGCUAGAAGUUGCACCAAGGGAAGAGUCGUAUGGCCUUUACUCUCACUUCGAGCCGUCGAUGGUGAUCGUCGUUAUGAUCCUCGUUUGCGCUUUCUUCUUCAUCGGUUUCCUCUCCAUUUAUAUCAGACAAUGUAAAGAAUUAAACGACAUUUCGACGGACGUUUCCACAGUCGAGAGUUGCCAAUCGGAAGGUCUAGAUCAGUCUGUGAUCGAGAGUUUCCCGGUGUUUAUAUAUUCUUGUGUGAAAGACCUUAAAAUCGGGAAAGGGGCAUUGGAAUGUGCGGUUUGUUUAAGCGAGUUCGAGGACGAUGAAAAGCUGCGUUUUCUACCCAAAUGCAGUCACGUUUUUCAUCCUCAAUGUAUUGACGCUUGGUUGGCUUACCACGUGACCUGCCCCGUUUGUCGAGCUAAACUCACUCCCGAUUCCGAUACUAAAUCAAACACUACUGAGCUCAACUCCAACUCCAACAACAUCAACGAAUGGAGUCCUCCAACAGCAGAAGGAUCAGUGGAAGAACGAAAUGCUUACGUGGUGAUUCAAGUGAAUGAAGAAAGCGGAGCGAGGGCAGAGAAAAUAAGGGGGAAGUUUAAACGUUCUCACUCGAUGGGUCACUCAGUAAUUCAACCAGGAGAGAAAGUGGAAAGGUUUACGUUAAAAUUGCCAGAGGAAAUCAGGAAGCAAAUUACGAAAAGAGGGAAGUUGAAACGGACGAGAAGUUACGACGUAUUGUUGGGAAGGGAAGGUGAAGACGAAGAAAAGUAGUAGGGGAAAAAGGUUAAAUCCUCUCGCCUGCGGGCUAAGGCCUCAGGAAUAAUAUAUGUGAAUAGCAAGUAAAUGCGGAUGUGGUUAUAGUAAUGGAAUUGUAUAAUUAAUCAUUAGAAUUCCCAUUUUAACA